AUGAAGCAGACGUUGCAGGAAGGCCUAAACUUCCUCUCGAAGAAUUUGGCGAAUAUUUUAAUUCUGUUUAUGUCUAUAUGUUGUGUCCUCUUAUUUGUAAACAAAAAUAAAGAUGAAAAAAAAAGUGCAGAAGAUUUGUUUGAACUUUAUAUGAAGACGAACAUAAAUGAAGAAUUGAAGGGGGGGACAGAAGAGGAAGGAAAGGAUGGAGAAUCCAUGCAGAAUGCCUUCCUGGAGGAAAAGAGCAAAAUGUUGAAGCUGAGUAAAAUUAUAAAGCUUACUGAAACAGUAAGGAUUUUCAUUUUUUCUUACCCAUGUGAAUAUACCCAUUUCGGGUUAGGCAUAUGUAAGCAUAUAAAAUUUAAUGGCCCCAAUAAGCAAGGGAAGAUAAAAGGCAAAUGGAAUGACAAGGAGGACAGAGAGAAGGAUGCGAAAGAAAUUUUCAGAAGUUACACUCCUAUUUAUGUAGAUAAGAAGAACAAAGAGGUUCACUUUGUUAUUCGAAUAUACAGCCCAAACAUGCAUUUUGUUGAUGGUGGGAAAAUGAGUGUCCACUUGGAACAAAUGCGAAAUGGUCAGAUGGUUAAAAUUGCGGGUCCCUUUGGGGUGUUAGAUUAUAAAGGGAGUAACAAAUUUAGUUACCUCUCUAAGGUUGUGCAGGUUAAGAGGCACAUCGUUAUGAUCGCUGGGGGGACCGGCAUGGCUCCCUUUUUUCGGCUGAUAAAGCACAUGCUCCUGUUUGACGUCAGGCAGGGGGAGCAGCCGUUCGUGACGCUCAUAUACGCUAACAGGAACGAGGAGGAGAUUCUACUCAAGGAGGUGUUUGACAAGUUCGAGCGGACCUUCGAACGGUUCAAAGCAGUGUACAGCGUAGACCAGUGCCUGGACCCCACCAAAAGGGGCAUGUUCGAAAAUGUGGGAUAUCUGACGGAAGAUAUUUUACGCAAGUACAUUCUGAAGUACCAUAGGCUAGGCAUUAAGGUUAGUAACAACGACACGCUCAUUUUGAUGUGUGGCCCUCCCCCCAUGACUGCUUUCCUUAAGAAGAUUCUGAAGGAGGACAUUCAAAUGGAAAAUGUCAUAACGAUGUAG